GAUUAACAAAUGAGUGUCGAUCCUAUUGACCAUCCUCUUCGACGAGAGGGAAGCGACGACGAAGAAUCUCUGGAGGAUGGAUCAGCAACUGUAAGAACACCAUCGUCGAAUGCUUCAGGUACAGAUGGACCAAGCGAAAGUCCUAACACCUCUAAGCAAGCCAACAAAGUUCUCGAUAAGAGUGAUCAAGUGAAAGAUAGCCUGCAUGAAAUGCAACAAGGAAAGAAUGGUGAAACUGGAGUAUUGCAGAAACAUGAAAUUGAAGAUCAAAAUGUCCGACAGCCUGCGACUCUGUUAGUGAAGAGUGGUGGAAGUGAGACGCAAUCAGUAAAAAGUCGCCAGACUGAAGCUCAGCAAAGAAAAGAUGGUCAGAGCGCAGUGCAGCAAGGAAUAAGAAGCCACGAGCCGGCAAAGAAUAACCAGACUGAGCAAGUUCAGGGACGUAAUGUUUGUCCAAAGCCAGAAACAAGUACAUCACAAACAAUUUCUGAUGUGACCAGUGGAAAAUAUAAUCCAUCACCUUCAUACAACGUACGAUCAACACCAAAUGUUCCUCACUCGACCUUGGUAAGAUUGUUUACUUUAAUAAUUCUUACACAAUUGGAAGUUUUUCUAUCGCUGUAGAUUAGAAAAAGCCCUAACUUAGAUAGAUACUAGAUAUUAACAAGCUUUCGUUGGUGGGGAUACAACUAUCUGAAAAAUAUAAGGAGAAUUUCGACGUUUUGAGCAAAGGCCUUUUUUCGAAGCGCCGAAAUUCUUAUAUUAUCCCUACCAACGAAAGCUUGUUAAUAUUAUUGACACUAUCUACACUGACACAGACAGUUCAAGAUAUUAGAUACACUGUUACUGACUUACUGUAAUAGAAAACCUUACAGGUACUGUAACUGAAUUAAAUUGCGGAUCAAAAUAUUGUUUCAAGGAAAAAUGUACGCCACUUUUCUCGCAGGCAUGCGUAAUUUUGGUGCUUUCAAAAAAUUUUUACUUCACUGUUUCCGAAAAGUAUUGUCCAUGGGGAGGGGGAAGUAUGACCCCGGUGAAAAGGACCUCACCACAAAAAUCUGGCCCCUUCGUCCGGCAACGUAAAAGGCCUAUUAAGUAUCAUGGUAGAAAUUAUGAUCUUGGUUAGAGGUAUUUUUUACUAAGAGUUAUUCAUUAACCUUACCACAAUGUAAUUGUGUAAUACAGCAUGAAAACGGUUCUUACAGCUUACAUAUAACAGGUGUAGCACCAUCAUGUUGCGACCAUAUAGUCACACCCAUAUAACGUAAUUGUCAUAUUAAAUAAUGACUAUUAAAUAAAACUUUGUUAAAAGUUAGCAAUAUCGCAAGUAAUAUAUGAUUCUGUACAUUGCAUGCCAAUGGCGCCACAACAUACGCAUUUUAUAGUUACAACUGUACAUUAAACAACAACGCUAAUCGACUUGAUUAAUUGAUUGUCUUAGGAAAAGUAUCUAUAAUGUCAUAAAAAUGGCACAACUUGGGACUCUUUAUUUAUUUCAUCAAGUGAUCCAUCUUCUGAAAGACUCGCAUAUAACUUAGAGCUUUAAACGGACACCAAAACACCUUUGGCAUACAUGUUAAAAAUUUCGCCCCCCAAUAUUUCGUGAAGCGUCCGCAGUAUAAGUGGUCAUAAAAGUCAGAUUACACCUCUGAAAAUAAAAAUGUCUAGACUCUAGUGCAGCAGUGCUUUUAUUGUUUGAACAAUCAUAUUUUUAAAAGAACCCUACUUCCAGCGGACUAACUUUUUUGCUUUCUUGUUUUCGUCACGAAGGGGCAAUAGAUUGAGUGUUUGAACUAGGAUCAAAGUCUGGCCCAAUGAGUCUCUGGAAAAUAACAAUCUCUGAUUGGCUGGUAAAAAUUAUCAUAUGCUCUCUUCAUCUGUUCCUUUCUCCGCUAAAUAUUCUUGUCUUGUAACCAUAUUGUUGUCUUAGUUUGUAAUUAUAAUUUUUGUAUAGUAUAUUUAUGAUCUGAAGAAGUCAUAUAUUAAAUUGUAAACAAACGAAUUAAUAUGUAAACUAAAUGAAACCGUUGGACGUUGUGUUGUGAUGGAUUGUUUGUUAUAUGGUGUUAUUGCCAAGAUUGGUUGUGUUACUUAUGUAUUAUACUGGGUGUGUUUUCUAUCAAUUACAAAGGAAGGAAGGGAAUAAGUGGAAAAGCCAGCCGCCGUGUGAACAAUACAGCGGGUGUAUAAAAACGUUCACAUUUGGAAAAUGGCCACUAAACUGAAAAUUUCAUACAGUUGUCGAAGAAUUUAUAUGAAAUAUUUCCCUAAUACUGAAACUAAUCCAAAUAUUUAACUUUUUAACUUGCAGAAACGUGGAAGCCACGAGACUCCGCCAGCAAAGAAAAACCAGACUGAACAAGUUCAGGGACGUAAUGUUUAUCCAAAGUCAGAAAAAAGUACAUCACGAACAAUUUCUGAUGUUCCCAGUGGAAGAACUAAUAAUCCAUCACCUUCAUUCAACUUACAAUCAAGGCCAAAUGCUCUUCACUCGACG